UUUGAUUUCAUCGUUGUCAUUAAUCUGAUCAUCAAGAAAACUACAAGAAACUAAAAAAAUGGCCAUUAUUGCAUCUCCCCCCUUAUCAAUAUCCGAAAGGCUGAUCAUCAGGCCCACAUCUCCAACCCCAUCUUCUCUCCGCCUCCACAAGCUCUCUCUCAUCGAUCAAGCCCUCACCAGCAUGUACAUCCCUCUCGUCUUCUUCUACCCAAACAACAGCCACACCGAUCCCACUCGCGUUUCCGACAUCCUCCAAACCUCGUUGUCAAGAACCUUAACCUCGUACUAUCCGUACGCCGGGCGGCUACUCGACAACGCCACUGUCGAGUGUAACGACGCGGGAGCGGAGUUUUUCAGAGUUCGGGUUAACUGCACGAUGUUGGAUAUUAUUAACUGCCCCGACGCCGACGCGCAGAAUGUCGCGUUCCCGACAGGGCUGCCGUGGGCGAAUAUUUAUGAUGGUGGGUUGGCGGUUUUUCAGUUGAGUCAGUUUGAUUGCGGCGGGAUUGCCGUUAGCGCCGCCAUGUGUCACAAGGUGGGGGAUGGGGGGACGGUUAGGAACUUUAUGGGGCACUGGGUGGCCGCCACGCGCCAUCCUAAGCUCAAACUAACGCCCAGUUUCGUCAGCGAUUCGGUGUUCCCCACGCUGCCUUCCGGGCCGUUGGAUAAACCCAUGAUGCCGUCGAAGAUCGAGGAGGAUUGUGUGCAAAAACGGUUUGUUUUUUCCGGGGAAAAACUAGACCUCCUAAACGACGUCGUAUCCCAAUCCGGGGUGAAAAACCCGACCAGAGCCGAGAUUGUAAGCGCCCUUCUCUACAAAUGCUGCGUCAAGGCCGCCGCGUCCCCGCGGCCCUCCAUCCUCGUACACUACGCUAACAUGCGCCAACCCCUCGGACUACCGUGCAACUCCGCCGGAAAUAUCCUCUCCACGUUUUCGACCUCCCCGGCCGCCGGAGACGAGAUGGAUUUAGCGAGAUUAGUGGCAGAGCUAAGAGACGGGAAAGAGCGGCUCCAAAGCAAAGACAACGAAAUUGUUGAGGAAAUUGUUACCUCGUUACGGACAGGAAUAAAGCCGUACGAGAAUCCAAAUUUGGACAUCUAUUUCUGCAGCAGUUUGGGCAAAUAUCCGGCCUACACGGCGGAUUUCGGGUGGGGGUGGCCGUGUAAAGUGAGCAUGCCGAAAGGGCCGAUGAAGAAGAUGUUUUUCUUGAUCGACAACCUGAGUGGCGGCGGGUUUGAAGCGCUGGUGAUGUUGAAGAAGACGGAGAUGUCGGUGUUUGAGCGGGACGAAGAGCUUCUCAGAUUCGCUUCCCCAGUGCCGAUCUCAAACCCGUGAAUUAUUCGAUCUAAUUUCUCGCCUGCAAAUGUAACAAUAAUUCCUCCUAAUCGAACGUUGGAUGAGCAUGGAGAAGUGUGUGUUUCGUUGAUUUUCGCAAUUUCUAUUUUGCAUAUUCUAUCAAUUUUCGUUGUCAUGUUGUAAAAAUUAAGUCUUUGUAUAUAUAUGGCAAAAUUAUGCAUGGACUAGGUCUACCUUGGUCUAAAAAUAACCUUUCGAUUAUGUACAUGUAUUUGACAUAUUCUGUACAUGCAGUUGAAAGUUUCUGUACUUGAACCUAUCAUAUUAUGUGCCAGCAA